AGGUUAAGGCAAAAAAAUUCUCUAGCAAGUCAUGACUUCUUCCUCUAAUUGUUUCUUUCUUAUUUCAUUGGUAGUCUCGUUACUAUUUUUCUUAGAAUCUACUUUGAGCAUGGCCUCAACAAAAGACGUUAUUGAUUCCAUAUGCAAUGAUUCUUUUCUCCGCCACAACAAAACGUUUUGCGUGGAAACGCUCACAGCGUAUCCUCCCGUUGUCUCUGCAACUAACACGGUCAAACUUGUGAAAGCUGCAGUCGACCUUGGAAUGAUCCAUGCUAAAAAAACGGCAAGUUUCGUGGCCGGUUUGGAAAAAGAGCCUACAUUUAAGAAAUAUUUUAAGAUGUGCAAUGAAUCCUAUAUCUCAAUAGUGGGAAAUUUUAGAAGUGCUCGAUUAGAACUUGACGACAGUGAAUCAAUAGACACUGCAAGCUCUGAUAUCUUGGUUAGUUUGGACAAUACACAAAUGGUGAAGGAUACAAUCGGCAAGAACACUGACAAGGCCUCAAAGAGGCUCAUCGAGAUGACAUUAGUUAUGGAGGAAUUCAUUGCUAUAGGUUUUGGAGCCGUCAACCAAAUAUAAGGAAAUUGUUGAACUUUUCAUGUGCU